AUGUCUGAAGAUGCUGGCUUAUCCAAGUCGUGGAACUCAUCACUUCGAAUGGAAGCUGCUGUUGAUCGGGUGAUUGGAGGACUUGGCAAAGUUCAACAUGGAAAAUCAGGGCUUAACCGAAGAUACUUUAUGGCAGUAGAUCGAGACAUACGGCUCUAUCUUGCUGAGCACCUAGCUCGUGCUGGGGUAAAAAUCAACUGGGAUCAUAAACUGGCUUCCAUCGAAAAGGCACGCGAUGAGCCUGGAGCAGAGUUGUUGUUCAAAGACGGCCAAAUUGGUCGUGCCGAUAUUGUUGUCAAUACUGGCGGAAUGCAAGCAGCUGCUCUUCAGCAAUCGUCGACGUUAUCAAGUGCCAAAGUGCUACCUUAUGCAACCUACUAUGGCACUCGGAGAGUCUACGUUGAUGAGUAUCUGGAAAAGUAUGCAAGCUUUUUUCGAGACGGAAACUGGGUCGAGAUUGUGCCUGAGACACCGGAUACACCUUAUGUCUCUAUGCAGAUGGUCUGCCUACCAGAUUCCAUCUUCCAAAUACGUUGGAUAUUCUCGAGGCCAGCUCGAGGAGACUCUGAUCCACUAUUCCGACCACAGGGGACGAUCCAAGACGCUUCUAAAACACCGCCUGAAUUUUUCGAAGAAUUCCUUGGUUGUUUGGGUACAAUCAAGCAAAAGUUUCCCAGAACUUCAGCUGAUCUCCUACAAAGGAUCUUCAGCUUUCAUGAACUCAAAAAGGACCGCAUUCUCCAGUGGUAUCUCAGACUACAGGUCCCGGAUCCACAGUCUCUUGUUGCUGGUUCCUUGAAGGACACCUAUCACGUCAUACCCAUUGGUGAUGCCGCUCGACGGCUACCAUUUUUGAGGUCUCAUGGUGCAAGAUUGGCUAUGGACGACGCAUUGUUUCUGGCUUCGUGGUUCAAGCAGAGACUGGAUCGGUCGCAGAAUCUCCAUAGCAUGGAACAAAAUUUCUACAACCUUGCCGCCACCCGAGGUCGCUGGCUUGGCGCUGCUGUGACGGCUAUCGAGCACUUAAGGGACGCACAUGGUCAGAAGAGACUCGAUAAAGCAGAGAUGGAAGCGAUUCUCGGAGUUUCAAUCAGUGACAUUGUCGAUGCAUCCACGACAACAAGUGUAGAGCGACUCUACGGUACAGAAGCAAAGAACAUCAUCCGAAGCACUAAACGAGGUAGCAAAUUACCCAAAACGAGGAAGAUUCCUGGCUUGACCGUCCGACAUCCACGUCGCUGGCGAUUCGCAAAUGAAACGUAUGAGACGUGUACGUCAGGAAACAGAAUUGUGCCCGUCAAGGAGGACGCAUCUCGUGAGGUCCGAGCUGAUGUCCCACUCGAACACUAUAACGUCGCCGAGGACAAUAGUAACGAUUACGGCAGAGCAGCGGGUUGA